ACGCCCAACCCAGGGGGAGGAGGAGGAGGAGAAGAGAAAGAGAGAAGCCAAACCGCCGAGAUGAUUUUGGCGGGUAACAGUUUUUAUGCGUAUUGUAAAACUCCACUCCAUUCCACUCCAUGUGAUGGGAUGGGAUGCGUGCGUGCAUUGGGGGUGGGUGGUUUUCGAACUCUCUCCUCUCAAUCUCAUCUCACCAAACCAAAUAGAGGGGUUGGCCUAGCCGUACAUUCUUGCCGAAUCUAUCGCCGUAUUCUCCCCCCUGGGGGAUGUCCAUCACCAAUUUUAGCUUCAUUAUUAUUCCUAAAUUUAGCAUUGAGUUCAUGAAAGCCGGAAUCGGCUGCACACAGGGCUCUCCUCCACCUCCUCAACAAAAGGGGAAAAAAAAAACACAUUCGGAAGCUUAGGUGUUGCCGCAGCAGAGACGGUUGGAAUUGCUUCUCAUUCUGCUCAUCCGUUUGGUGAUAAUGGUGGUGGUGGUGCUAGUAUUGCCAACAGAAUCAGAUUAUCCUCCUCCUCCUCCUUCCCAGCAUCAAUAUUGUCGGUGUCUCGUUAUUUGAUUUUUUUCCUUUCCGGGUCAGGAGGAUUAGAGCAAUAGAACGCUCUUCAUUUCUAAGGGUGGGGAGGUAGAGUGGGGUUCUGAGUUUGAUCAGAAGAUGGUCCCUCCUUUCAAUUUCCGUCUUACAAGUCUUUGGAUUGUUAUCGUUGUGAUCCUUCAAGCCCUCACACCCACCACCAUUACCUUGGUUCACUCCAAGACUGAUGGACCUGAUGUUUCUGCUCUCAAUGUCAUGUAUAGUAGCUUGAGUUCACCUUCACAACUGGAUGGUUGGAAAUCAAGUGGAGGUGACCCUUGUGGCGAAUCCUGGGAAGGAAUAAAAUGCUCAGGAUCCUCCGUUACUGAAAUUGACUUAUCGGGCCUGAAACUCUCUGGCUCAAUGGGAUACCAACUUUCCAGUUUGACAUCCGUCACCUACUUUGAUUUGAGCAAUAACAACCUCAAGAAUGACAUACCAUAUCAGCUACCUCCAAAUGCAGCUCACAUAGAUCUUUCUAAGAACAGCUUCACGGGCGGCGUGCCUUAUUCACUUUCUCAGAUGAAAGAUCUUGAAUAUCUUAAUAUUGGGCACAAUCAACUCAAGGGACAACUGAGCGAAAUGUUUGUACAACUUUCUAAGCUCAAGGAACUGGAUCUAUCCUUCAACAAGUUGUAUGGCAACUUGCCUCAGAGUUUUAGAAAUCUCACAAGUCUUACCAAAUUACAUUUGCAGAACAAUCAAUUUUCUGGCUCAAUAAAUCCCCUUGCGGAUCUUUCUCUCAAUGAUUUGAAUGUUGCAAAUAACGAAUUUACAGGCUGGAUCCCUGAUGAGUUGAAGGACAUUAAUAACAUAGAGACUGGAGGAAACUCUUGGUCAUCAGGCCCAGCUCCUCCUCCUCCUCCUGGUCAAAAAAGUAACCCUCAUGCUCAUAAACCCUUGUCAAAAGGUGAUGAAAAAUCUGGUCUGAGUGGAGCUGCCAUUGCUGGAAUAGUGUUUGGUGUUCUGCUGGCCCUUGUCCUUGUCAUUGCUUUAUUCACACGACGAAGAUCUUCAACUCCUCCUUCACAUUUCAUUGAUGAAGAUAGAGUCAGUCAGCGUAGGGCAUUUACUCCACUUGCAUCCCAGGAGUUAUCCAAUGACUCACGUUCUGAAAUACUAAAGGACUUCAGAGGACUUAAGUCGUCAGACUCCUCAUCUUCACUGGGUUUGCAGUCAUCUCUUUCAAUGGGUCUUAUGCCCACACCUUUAGAUCAUACUAAAUCAUUUGAUGAUGGAGAGUUUGUAAACCAUAUGAGCAUCAAAAGAAGUAGCUCCAUUCGGAUGACAUGUUAUUCUUGGGCAGAUUUGCAGACUGCCACCGGUAACUUUGCAACGGGUCGCUUACUUGGUGAGGGAACCAUUGGACAGGUGUAUAGGGCCAAAUAUGCUGAUGGAAAGGUUUUUGCAGUCAAGAAGAUUGACUCCUCACUACUCCAAGACAGGCAGGGGGGAGAUUUUGGACAAAUUGCUUCAAACAUCUCCAAGCUUCGCCAUCCAAACAUUGCUGAACUUGUUGGCUAUUGUUCAGAACAGGGACAAAAUAUGUUAGUCCAUGAAUAUUACAGGAAUGGUUCACUUCACGAGUUCCUACACCUCUCAGAUGACUUCAGCAAACCACUGACCUGGAACACGAGAGUCAGGAUUGCUCUAGGCACAGCCAGAGCUGUUGAGUACUUGCAUGAGGGUUGUUCUCCAUCCUCUGUUCACAAGAACAUCAAGUCAUCUAAUAUUUUGCUAGACACUGAGCUCAAUCCUCGUCUCUGCGAAUGCGGCUUGGCUACCUUUCAUCAGCGAACAAGCCAAAACCUGGGGAGUGGGUACAAUGCUCCUGAAUGCACCAAGCCUUCUGCUUAUACAUUGAAGAGCGAUGUCUAUAGUUUUGGGGUGGUCAUGUUGGAGUUGUUGACAGGUCGAAUGCCUUUUGACAGUUCAAAGCCAAGAUUAGAACAAUCUCUAGUCCGGUGGGCCAUACCACAGCUCCAUGAUAUCAACGCAUUGGGGAGAAUGGUGGAUCCUGCUUUGCGGGGACUGUAUCCUCCUAAAUCAGUUUCGCGUUUUGCUGACGUAAUUGCUCUGUGUGUACAGCCGGAGCCAGAAUUUCGGCCGCCGAUGUCUGAAGUGGUGGAGGCAUUGGUCAGGUUAGUUCAGCGAUCCAGUUUCAGAGAGGAUCCUGGUGCUUCUCGCCGGAUGGAUGACUAUGACUACUGACAAUUUGUUCUUUUAGUUUGCUGAUGACAUAUUUACUCGUCAAGAAGCCAACAUUCUUAUCUUUUUUCCGGGUGGGGAAAAAAAGAGAAAUUCCUAUUUAUCUUUUGUGUUAUAAUGUUUUGUUUAUUUUAAUAGGCUUCUUCCAAGAAGAUGAUUUUCGGCUGAGAGUUCUCAAUUCUUCCAAAUAUAAAGAAGUAAUCGCAUCGCAUGCCUUCGUAAUUAUUACUAGUAAAGGUUUAUUGGGGAAAUCGAACCAUUUACAAUGUACAAAGCAUUUGAUGAACUAGAUUUUCAAAAAGAAAGUGGUACUCUAUUUGUAAUUUAAAGUAGGGAAAAAAACCGAAAUGGUCAAUGUAGUUUAGUGUUUGUGUCA